UAUAUUUCCUCUUAAUGUAAUCCAAGAAUUUAAGCUUUGAGCACAGAUCAGCUUGCAGUCUCUACUAUUUGGGAAGGACAUACAAUUCCCAAGAGAAGGAGGAAGAAGGAGAUAUCAGGAUGUGGAGGCUAAAGAUUGCGGAUGGGGCAGGUAAUCCAUAUUUAUUCAGUACAAACAACUUCACUGGAAGGCAAACAUGGGAAUAUGAGGCUGAUGCUGGCACCCCUGAAGAGCGAGCCCAGGUUGAGCAUGCUCGCCUUAACUUCUAUCAAAACCGCUUUAAAGUCAAGUGCUGCUCCAACCUCCUUUGGCAAUUUCAGGCUCUACGAGAGAAGAACUUCGAACAAAAGAUACCUGCAGUAAGAAUAGAGAAUGGUGAGAAAAUCACAUGCGAGAAGACCACAACAGCGAUAAGGAGGUCUGCUCACUUCUUAUCAGCCCUGCAAGCCAGCGAUGGCCAUUGGCCGGCUGAAAAUGCUGGCGUACUUUUUUUUACUCCACCCUUUGUGUUUUGUCUUUACAUUACGGGACAUCUCAAUACUUAUUUCCAUGCCGAGUACCGCAGAGAAAUACUCCGUUACUUGUACUAUCAUCAGAAUGAAGAUGGCGGAUGGGGCAUAGACAUUGAGAGUCACAGUUGCAUGUUUUGCACAGUUCUGAGUUACAUUUGUAUGCGGAUGCUGGGCGAAGGGCCUGAUGGUGGUCAAGACAAUGCUUGUAGCAGAGCACGGAAAUGGAUCUUGGACCAUGGUGGUGCCACUUAUAUUUCCUCAUGGGGAAAGACUUGGCUUGCGAUACUUGGUCUGUUUGAUUGGUGUGGAUGCAACCCUAUGCCACCAGAGUUUUGGGUUUUGCCCUCUUCUGUUCCUGUACAUCCAGCCAAAAUGUGGUGCUAUUGUCGAAUGGUUUACAUGCCAAUGUCUUACUUGUAUGGGAAAAGGUUUGUUGCCCCUAUUACCCCUCUCAUUCUUGAAUUGAGAGAGGAAAUCUUUACUCAGCCUUACCAUACCAUUCAAUGGUCAAGUGUGCGCCAUCUAUGUGCAAAGGAGGAUCUUUAUUAUCCCCAUUCUCGGAUUCAAAACAUUUUGUGGGAUACUCUUUAUGUCCUUUCGGAGCCCAUUUUAACACGCUGGCCUUUGAAUAAGUUAAUCAGAGAGAAGGCUCUUCAAGCAACAAUGCAUCAUAUCCAUUAUGAAGAUGAGAAUAGCAGAUACAUUACCAUCGGAUGCGUAGAGAAGGCGUUAUGCAUGCUUGCUUGCUGGGUGGAAGAUCCUGAAGGUAUUUGCUUCAAGAAACAUCUUGCCAGGGUUCCAGAUUACUUUUGGCUUGCAGAGGAUGGAAUUAAAGUUUCUGGAUUCGGCAGUCAGGCUUGGGAUGCUAAUUUUACCUUUCAGGCUUUGUUUCUCAGCGAUCUCGGCAAUGAAAUCAUGCCCACACUAGCCAAAGCAUACGAUUUCAUUAAGAAAACUCAGAUGAAAGACAAUCCUGCAGGUGACUUUAAUUGCAUGUUUCGUCACAUUUCUAAAGGAGCAUGGCCUUUCUCCGAUCAAGAUCAUGGCUGGCAAGUUUCUGAUUGCACUGCAGAAGGCUUGAAGUGUCUUCUAUAUGCUUCAAAGUUGCCUCCAGAAGCCAUCGGUGACAAGGCAGAGCCUCAACGCUUAUAUGAUGCGGUCAAUGUCAUACUUUCCCUGCAGAGUAAAAAUGGUGGCUUACCACCCUGGGAGCCGGUAAGAGGUGCAAUGUGGUUAGAGAAACUCAAUCCCAUGGAAUUUCUUGAGAACAUUGUGAUCGAGCAUGAGUAUGUUGAGUGCACAUCAUCUGCAAUUGAUGCGCUAGUAAUGUUCAUGAAGAUGCACCCAGAUUAUAGGACCAAAGAAAUUGAGAACUGCAUCGCCAAUGCUGUCCAAUAUCUCCAAGACAUUCAAACAGCUGAUGGUUCUUGGUAUGGAAAUUGGGGAAUUUGCUUCAUUUAUGGGACAUGGUUUGCGCUUGUUGGGCUAUUGGCUGCUGGAAAAACUUAUGACGAGUGUCCCGCGGUGCGUAAAGGCGUUGAUUUUCUGCUAAAAAAUCAAUGCCGCGAUGGGGGUUGGGGAGAGAGUUGUCUCUCCUGCCCAAAUAAGAUAUAUACACCCCUUAAAGAAUGGCGGUCCAAUUUGGUUCAUACAGCGUGGGCUAUGUUGGGUUUAAUGCAUGCGGGUCAGGCAAAGAGAGACCCUACUCCUCUUCAUCGUGGAGCAAAGUUGUUGAUCAAUUCUCAAAUGGAAGACGGUAGCUUCCCUCAGCAGGAAAUAUUGGGAGCAUUCAAGAAUAACAACAUGCUUCACUACCCAAUAUAUAAGGAUUGCUUCCCAUUGUGGGCUCUCGCAGAAUACCGCAAACACUGUUUAUUGCCGUCCAACAGCAUUUGAACCCAAUUGGAUGGGAGGCUUCCUUUCAAAGGGAUUAUUAUCCAAAAAUAAUUUAGAAAACAAUGGAUUUCGGAUGUAUGUAGAGAAUAAUGAGUAUAAGUUUACAUGUUGUUUGCUGGUUUACAA